UGCCGAGCCUGCACUUCAAAGACGCUUGAUUCUUUUCAGGGUUGGUCGAGUUUUGCUCACAGAAACUAAGAGAAAUCUGACCGAGGACAGAAUGCAUCUAGCCAGACUAAUACUAAUUAGCAAAGGACUUUAGAGAAGAGGAAAAGGAGGAGAAGGAGGAAGAGGAGAAGCUAGAGGAAGCCUUGGGAAACUUAAGUAACCUGUCUUUAGUACCAAGGAAACUGGGCGAGUAAGAGUGCCCUGCAAUUUUUCCCAAGCGACUGAUUAUUUGUCUUAACUUUGCUUCGGAUUGUCCCUGGGAGCUUCGAAGAGAAGGUAGAAGAGGCAGAGAAUGUCCCAAGAUCCUGGACUGGACUGGAGGUGUAAGGGCACCCUGGCAGCCCCCGAGGGACCAUGCAGAGAUCACCCCUGGAAAAGGCAAAUGUCCUCUCGAAACUUUUCUUCAGUUGGACUAGACCAAUUUUGAGGAAAGGUUUCAGACAACGCUUGGAAUUGUCAGACAUUUAUCAAAUUCCCUCCUCUAACUCUGCAGACCAUCUAUCUGAAAAAUUAGAAAGGGAAUGGGACAGAGAGCUGGCAUCAAAGAAAAAACCCAAACUCAUUAAUGCCCUUCGGCGAUGUUUUUUCUGGAGAUUUGUGUUUCAUGGAAUCAUAUUAUAUUUAGGGGAAGUAACCAAAGCAGUGCAGCCUCUUUUACUGGGACGAAUCAUAGCCUCCUAUGAUCCUGACAACAAAGUAGAACGAUCCAUUGCAAUUUAUCUAGGCAUAGGUCUAUGCCUUCUCUUCAUAGUGAGGACAUUGCUUCUACACCCUGCCAUCUUUGGCCUUCAUCACAUAGGAAUGCAGAUGAGAAUAGCCCUGUUUAGUUUGAUUUACAAAAAGACCUUAAAAUUGUCAAGCCGUGUUCUAGAUAAAAUAAGCACUGGACAGCUUAUCAGUCUUCUUUCCAACAAUCUGAACAAGUUUGAUGAGGGGCUGGCACUGGCACAUUUUGUCUGGAUUGUACCUUUACAAGUGGUGCUCCUGAUGGGACUUCUUUGGGAAUUGCUACAAGCCUCAGCGUUUUGUGGACUUGCUUUCCUAAUAGUACUUGCUCUGUUCCAAGCCUGGUUAGGACAGAUGAUGAUGAAGUACAGAGAAAGGAGAGCAGGAAAGAUAAAUGAAAGACUUGUGAUAACUUCAGAAAUGAUUGAAAAUAUACAGUCUGUUAAGGCAUACUGUUGGGAAGAAGCAAUGGAAAAGAUGAUUGAAAAUCUAAGACAAACUGAACUGAAACUGACCCGAAAAACCGCAUAUGUGAGAUACUUCAAUAGCUCAGCCUUCUUCUUCUCAGGUUUCUUUGUUGUAUUUCUAGCUGUGCUUCCUUAUGCUUUGAUCAAAGGAAUUAUUCUGCGAAAAAUAUUUACAACCAUCUCAUUCUGCAUCGUUCUUCGAAUGGCGGUCACUCGGCAGUUUCCCUGGGCUGUGCAAACUUGGUAUGAUUCUCUUGGAGCAAUAAACAAAAUACAGGAUUUCUUACAAAAAGAAGAAUAUAAAACAUUGGAAUAUAACUUGACAACUACAGAUGUUGUGAUGGAAAACAUAACAGCAUUCUGGGAUGAGGGAUUUGGGGAUUUGUUUGUAAAGGCAGAACAGAACAACAGUGAUGGGAAAUUUUCCAAUGGUGACAAUGGCCUCUUCUUCAGCAACUUCUCACUUCUUGGUACUCCCGUCCUUAAAAAUAUAAACUUCAAGAUAGAGAAAGGACAGUUAUUGGCUGUUGCUGGAUCUACUGGGGCAGGCAAGACUUCACUUUUAAUGUUGAUCAUGGGAGAAUUGGAACCCUCAGAGGGCAAAAUUAAGCACAGUGGAAGGAUUUCCUUUUGCUCGCAGUUCUCCUGGAUUAUGCCUGGUACUAUUAAAGAAAACAUUAUUUUUGGUGUUUCUUAUGAUGAAUACCGAUAUAAAAGUGUCAUCAAAGCCUGCCAACUAGAAGAGGAAAUAUCAAAGUUUGCAGAAAAAGACAACACAAUUCUUGGAGAAGGUGGAAUCACUCUGAGUGGAGGUCAACGAGCAAGAAUUUCUUUAGCAAGAGCAAUAUACAAAGAUGCAGAUUUGUACCUUUUAGAUUCUCCAUUUGGCUAUUUAGAUGUGUUAACAGAAAAGGAGAUAUUUGAAAGCUGUGUCUGUAAGCUGAUGGCAAACAAGACCAGGAUAUUGAUCACCUCUAAAAUGGAACAUUUAAAGAAAGCUGACAAGAUAUUAAUUUUACAUGAAGGCAGUUGCUAUUUUUAUGGGACCUUUUCUGAACUUCAAAGUCUGAGGCCUGACUUUAGCUCAAAACUCAUGGGAUUUGAUUCUUUUGACCAGUUCAGCGCAGAAAGAAGAAGCUCAAUCAUAACAGAAACCCUGAGACGUUUCUCCAUAGAAAGUGAUACUGCUGUUUCCUGGAAUGAAGGAAAAAAACAAGCUUUUAAACAAACUGGAGACUUUGGGGAAAGAAGAAAGAAUUCUAUUCUCAGUCCACUGAACUCCACUAGGAAAUUUUCAGUAGUGCAAAAGGGUCAACAGCAAAUUGAAGAAAAUGGUGAUGAGCCAUUAGAAAGGAGAUUGUCUUUGGUGCCUGAUUCUGAGCAGGGAGAGGCCAUUCUGCCUAGGAGUAACAUGAUCAACACUGGUCCAACAUUACACGGACGGAACAGGAGACAGUCGGUAUUGAAUCUGAUGACCCGCCCCUCAGUUCACCAAAGUCAGAACACGUACAAAACAGGAAAUGCUGCUGUCAGGAAGAUGUCCAUGGUCCCUCAGUCUAAGUUAUCUGAAAUAGAUAUCUACUCCCGACGUUUAUCCCGAGAUAGUGGCAUGGACAUAAGUGAUGAAAUUAAUGAAGAAGAUUUAAAGGAGUGGUUUUUUGAUGAUGUAGAAAACAUCCCAGCUGUUACCACAUGGAACACCUACCUCAGAUAUAUUACUGUUCAUAAGAGCUUAGUUUUUGUGCUAAUUUGGUGCCUCGUUAUUUUUCUGGUUGAGGUGGCUGCUUCUUUGGUUGGGUUUUGGAUCUUAAAGGAGACCUCUCUUAAAGAUAAAACAAAUUCAAAUGGGACCAAUAACACCUAUGGAGUCAUUAUCACCGACACCAGCAAAUACUAUUUUUUUUAUAUUUAUGUGGGAGUGGCUGACACACUUUUUGCCCUAGGAAUGUUCAGAGGUUUACCACUGGUGCAUACACUAAUAUCAGUCUCCAAAAUUCUGCAUCACAAAAUGUUAUGCUCCGUUUUGAAAGCACCUAUGUCAACCUUCAGCAAUUUGAAAGCAGGUGGAAUUCUGAACCGUUUCUCCAAAGACAUAGCAAUUCUAGAUGACCUUCUGCCACUUACAAUAUUUGACUUCAUCCAGUUAAUACUGAUUGUGGUCGGAGCUCUCAUUGUAGUGUCAGCCUUACAACCAUAUAUCUUCCUGGCAACUGUGCCUGUGAUAAUAACCUUUAUUAUGCUAAGGGCAUAUUUCCUCCAAACCUCCCAGCAGUUAAAACAACUGGAAUCUGAAGCCAGGACUCCAAUUUUUGCUCAUCUUGUUACAAGCUUAAAGGGCCUGUGGACUUUACGAGCUUUUGGACGCCAACCGUAUUUUGAGACCUUGUUCCAUAAAGCUCUGAAUUUACACACAGCAAACUGGUUCCUAUACAUGUCCACACUCCGCUGGUUUCAAAUGAGAAUAGAAAUGGUUUUUGUCAUCUUCUUCUGUGUUGUAACCUUCAUCUCCAUUUUAACUACAGGUGAUGGAGAAGGACGAGUUGGAAUUCUUCUAACUUUAGCCAUGAAUAUCAUGAGUACCUUGCAGUGGGCUGUAAACUCCAGCAUAGAUGUGGACAGUUUGAUGCGGUCUGUGAGCAGAGUAUUUAAAUUCAUUGAUAUGCCAAGUGAAGAACCCCUUCCUACCAAACCAAAUAAACCGAAGAAAAACCAGCUUUCACAAGUUCUGAUCAUUGAGAAUGAGCACGUAAAGAAAGAGAACAACUGGCCCUCUGGAGGUCAAAUGACUGUCAAAGACCUCACAGCCAAAUAUGGAGAUGGUGGGAAUGCUAUAUUAGAGAACAUUUCCUUCACAAUAAGUUCUGGGCAAAGGGUGGGCCUCUUGGGAAGAACUGGUUCUGGAAAAAGCACCUUGUUAGCAGCUUUUUUAAGAUUAUUGAACACAAAAGGAGACAUACAGAUUGAUGGUGUAUCUUGGGAUUCAGUACCCUUGCAGCAGUGGAGAAAGGCAUUUGGUGUAAUACCACAGAAAGUAUUUAUAUUUUCUGGAACAUUUAGAAAAAACCUGGAUCCUUAUGGACAGUGGAGUGAUCAUGAAUUAUGGAAAGUUGCAGAUGAGGUGGGACUGAAAUCCGUGAUAGAGCAGUUUCCUGGCAAGCUGGAUUUUGUCCUCGUUGAUGCUGGUUGUGUUCUAAGCCAUGGCCACAAACAGUUAAUAUGUUUGGCUCGGUCUGUUCUUAGUAAGGCAAAAAUUUUGCUACUGGAUGAACCAAGUGCUCAUCUGGAUCCCAUAACGUAUCAAAUCAUUCGAAGAGUGCUGAAGAAUGCCUUUGCCGACUGCACUGUAAUCCUCUCUGAACACAGGAUAGAAGCAAUGUUGGAGUGUCAGCGAUUUUUGGUCAUAGAAGAGAACAAAGUGCGACAGUAUGAGUCCAUCCAGAAGCUGGUGACUGAGAAGAGUCUCUACAGGCAGGCCAUCAGUCACUCAGACAGGAUGAAGCUCUUCCCCCACCGGAACUCAAGCAGGCACAAGUCCCGAGCCAAAAUCACUGCCCUGAAGGAAGAAACAGAAGAAGAGGUACAGGAAACCAGGCUUUAGAUAUUCACCACUGCAAAUUCUUGCCAGGCUCACCUCGGCUCUUUGAAUUUUUUGUGAAAAGAGAGCCUUUUUCCUUCUGCCUGGGAAAACUGUCAUGAAUAAUGUUCCAAACUGAGAAAAAUGAAAGAAGGCUCCUCAUGAAACACUGUGUGUGUGUAUGUGUGUCUGUCUGUCUGUCUGUGUCUGUGUGCACGCUUGCGAGCGCAUGACACACAUGCCUGUGCAUGCCUAGGGAUGUGCCUUCUUGGCAAAGUGAAGCAAUGUAAAAGGCCUCAAAGAUCCUUGAAGAGUUACCACUUUUUUUUUUUAGCGACCCAGAUUGCCCUGAGACACCACUUCAUAUUUACUUAUUGUAUAUGUGGGGACCGUGAGCCAGAGCUUUCCAAGAACAGUUUAUUUGCCUUAUAAAAUUUGGUAGGAAAAAUAAAGCUAUUAUGUCUCACUGUAAGGUAAACAAGAUGCAUUUAGGUUCAUAUACCUCCAUUUCCCCCUUUUCUUUAGCAUCAUAAGAAACAGAUUGAUUAUUCUAACUUUUCAAGAAUUCUCUGUGAUAGAGAUGGCCUCUAUAUCACCAUAGUGCAUAAGUCAUAGCAUGUAGGAAUUAGUGAAGGAAGUGAGAUCUGGUUGUCCGGAUGUCAGGGUUAAGAAUGAUUCAAAUAUAGGAAAAUCCAAGUCCACUAAUCUAGAUAGUCUGGACCCUUCUCUCUACAUGGAGAUAGGGGUUGGAAAGGUCCUGUAUGGUAGAGAAACAUUAUGCUAUGUAAACUGAUACACCAGGACUUCUUCUUCAGUAUGCUAGUAGUGUAAAGGUGGAAGGUGUGGAGAGCUGCCCUUGUGUAAGACUGCCUAGUACUAUAGUCCAGGUAAACCAUUGUUCUGGGUGGAGGCAUGAUGAAUACAAUAGGAGACACUGCAGGAAAACAUGAAUUCCAGAGGUGUUGUGUGUGGCAAUGUCUGUAGCUUCAUAGUAUAUAUACAAAGUGACAGAUAGGACAGAAGACACAUUGAAGUAGAAUUAAUAAUGAAUCAGUUUUUAUAUUCUUCCAAUUGCAGUUUUAGAAUGUAAAGGAGUUUUUCCCUAAAAAAUAUUAUUUAUUUUAAUACUGUGUCUUAAUAUAAAGAAAAUUAUGUAUUUUGAGAAUGAUUCUGCACAAAUAGAAAUAUAUUUGUAUAAAAAGAUUUUUAUAUCAGAACUAUAUACUUUUGUGACACUACUUAUUUUUAUUCUACACUUUAUUAAAACUGGAAAAAAAUUGCCAGACCCUAGAGGGAGGUGUAACAAAGGGGCAUUAACUACCUUUUCAGAUGUGUAGGAAAGCAUCAUGCUUAUAUAGAUGUUGCACCUAUUAGUUUUAUUUGAAAUAUCUGAUCCAAAGGGUCAUCUCAACUAACUAUCUUUCAGGUAUAGUCCCAUAGAAGACUAUUGCAAAGUUUGAACAUUUUUCCUAGUGUACACUGUUUUCUGAAAUCAAGGUAGGCCUUGAAGAUUGAAUUUUAUUUAUUGUCAAGAAAGAGUAUAUCA